GAAGUGAGCGGCAGCUCCUCCACCGUAGCAUCAUCUCACUCCACCGGUAUCCCACAGCUCCACAGCCUGUCGCGGUCUGAAAUAUUUUGUUUUAAGCCGCCAAAUUCAACGUCAUCUUACGCUAUGCGAUAACUGUUAAUUCCAUACAAGUAUCUGUUACAGUAUUAGUAGGUUGUAGUGGGAGAAUAGUUAGCUUUUCUGGCCACACUAUUUAGCUAGCAGCCCUAUCGUCACUUCCUACUUUUAAAAAUCGCGGCUACAGAAAAGAAACGGAGAUGGAGUUGCAAGUGGGUUCUGAACCAAUGAGCCUUGGUUCACCCACUUCUCCUAAGCCGACCUCUGGAGCUCAGUUUCUGCCUGGCUUCCUAAUGGGGGACCUUCCUGCUCCUGCCAGCCCACAGCCCCGCCCCUUCAGCUUGGCCACGCCCAUCGCCGAGAGCACCGGUACACAUCGAGGAGGAGGAGGAGGUUCUGGCCUGCAGCCAGUUGUUCCCACUCCCAAAGAUAAGAGCGGAGCCCCACCUGUUCGCAGCAUCCAUGACGACCUGGUUACAGCUGGGACGCCCCUCAGUGCACAUAGACAGUCUUUUCCAGUCAUGCAGUCCCCGCUGUCUGCACGUCAGGCUUCAACACCAGGAACAGGUGUGCAGCAGGUGUGUCUGUCUCCAGCUCAGGUGGAUCCCUUCUACAGUCAGGGAGAGUCUCUCUCCUCUGAAGACCAGCUUGACCAAACCUGGGUCACUGUGUUUGGUUUUCCUCCAGCCUCUGCUUCCUACAUCCUGCUGCAGUUCGCUCAGUACGGAAACAUCCUCAAACACAAGAUGGCGUCUCCUGGCAACUGGAUGCACCUGCAGUAUCAGUCCAGACUUCAGGCCAGAAAAGCCCUGUCCAAGGAUGGGAAGGUGUUUGGUGACUCCAUCAUGGUGGGAGUCAAACCCUGCAUCGACAAGAGUGUGAUGGACAGCAAUGAAGCCAUCUCUCCUCCCCUCUCCUCUCCCAUCUCCUCCAUCCUCCCCUCCACUCCUCGCUCCACCAUGAGGCCGCUCAGCACCUCCUUCAGGAGCUCCAGCAGCGACUACCAGGUGGUAGCAGACAGACAGACACCCAGGAAGGACGACAGCUUUGUUUCCAAGGCGAUGGAGUACAUGUUUGGCUGGUGAAACCCGAAGGAGAAUGAUGAGCAGAUAGAUUAACAGAUUCACUACAGUGUGUUUGUAUGCGUAUGUGUGAGAGUGUGUGUGAAGAUGGAGAAUCUUUCUGUCUGCUUUUAUGAUCCAUAUUUUAUAAAAUCUUUGUAUCAAUAAAGUUUUUUUUUUUAUUUUAAUUCAGUGGUCUAUUCAAAGCGGUUUGCACUAAGUUAUAGCCGGUUAUAACAGCUAUACUGUGCUCAGAGCUUAUUUAUUGUUUUUUGUAGUAGAAGUGAAUUAACAGCCAUCAGAUUUGUACCAGAAAAUUCUCUAAUUUUUCAGCUGAUUGGCUCUUGUAAAUACCA